AUGGAUAAGGAGUGGAUGUCUGCUAACCGUCUAUCCAAAGAAUAUUGGGAUGGGGUGGCAGACUUCAUUAAGUUUGCAGUAAAUAAUGCAGAAGACUGUAGGCGAAUUGUUUGCCCUUGUUUAAGCUAUGGUAAUGUGAAGUCAGUUUCUCCUGAAACAUGUGAACUUCACUUAUUUAAGUAUGGAAUUGGUCAAAGUUAUAAAUGUUGGGUAAAGCAUAGAGAGAUACCUGAAGAUGUGAAUAAUAGUAGCUGGGCAUAUAUGAAAAGUUAUUCAUCAUCACCAGAUUCUGACACAAGUGCAUAUAAGGCUGAUUGCUAUUUUGAAGAAUUAGCUAAUGAGAUGGAAGGGGAACUCAAAAAUUUUCCAGAGAAAUUGGAGAAGUUAAAAAUUAAUGCGGAGACACCUUUGUAUGAAGGUUGUACUGAGUUCACUUUAUUAUCUGCUGUGUUAGAAUUGUACAACUUGAAAGCUACAAGUGGGUGGAGUGAUACUAGCUUUUCAAGCUUGCUUUCUCUAAUUAGACUAAUGCUACUAAAGAAUAACAAGCUUCCAAGUCGGCUAUAUGAUGCAAAGAAGGUGUUACGCACAGUUGGCCUGAGUUAUAAGAAGAUACAUGCUUGCCCUAAUGAUUGCAUCUUGUUUAGGAAUGAAUACGAAGAGCUAACCCAUUGUCCUAAGUGUGAGGCAUCACAUUAUAUGAAGAAUGGGAAGAGUCCAAAGAAGGCAAUGUGGUAUUUUCCUAUUAUUCCAAGAUUUAGACGCUUGUAUAGCGUACGUCAAGAGGUAAAGAAUCUAACAUGGCAUGCACAUGGCAGAAUUAAAGAUGACAAGGUUUGGCAUCCAGUUGAUUCUCCUGAAUGGACAAGGUUCGAUUGGAAGUACCCUGAGUUUGGAAAAGAAGAUAGAAAUUUACGUCUUGCAUUGUCUACCGAUGGGAUGAACCCACAUGGAAUGCAGAGUAGUACCCACAGUACAUGGCCUAUGAUGAUGGUCAUUUAUAACUUGCCUCAUUGGCUUUGCAUGAAGCGAAAGUAUAUUAUGUUGUCCUUGCUAAUCUCAGGGCCAAAGCAACCUGAAAAUGAUAUAGAUGUUUAUUUGGAACCACUUAUUGAAGACUUGAAGCUAAUAUGGGAAACAAGUGUAGAGGUAUAUGAUGCCUACAGAGAAAAGAUAUUCAAUUUGAGAGCUAUGCUUUUUAGUACAAUUAAUGACUUUUGGUAA